UCGCGGAAUGAUGACGCAAUCAAUAACUGACGGAUUUUUUUUUUUUGUUGUUGAUCUAUUGUGUUUACUAGAAAGCUACAGUGAUCGGCAGAAAUAGUGAACGAUUCCGAGCUCUCAGAUUGUAAAGACAUCAACAUGGAUUUUUAUCUGAAUUAACUGGACUUUAUUAAAGAUAAUAAACAUGAAUAAAGGCUGGCUGGAGCUGGAGAGCGACCCCGGUCUCUUCACACUGCUGGUGGAGGAUUUCGGUGUAAAGGGUGUUCAGGUGGAGGAGAUCUACGACCUGCAGAGUAAAUGCCAGAGUCCCGUGUACGGCUUCAUCUUCCUGUUUAAAUGGAUCGAGGAGCGUCGCUCCAGGAGGAAAGUGUCCACGCUGGUGGACGAGACCUCGGUUAUCGACGACGACAUCGUUAACGACAUGUUCUUUGCUCACCAGCUGAUUCCAAACUCGUGUGCGACUCACGCCUUACUGAGCGUGCUCCUGAACUGCAGCGGGGUGGAGCUGGGCAGCACGCUGAGCCGCAUGAAGGCCUUCACCAAGGGGUUCAGUCCAGAGAGUAAAGGCUAUGCCAUCGGGAACGCUCCAGAGUUAGCAAAGGCGCACAACAGUCACGCCAGGCCCGAGCCACGGCACCUGCCGGAGAAACAGAACGGCAUCAGCGCUGUGAGGACGAUGGAGGCCUUCCACUUCGUCAGCUACGUCCCCAUUAAAGAGCGACUGUUCGAGCUGGACGGCCUCAAAACCUACCCCAUCGACCACGGUCCUUGGGGAGAGGAGGAGGAGUGGACAGACAAAGCUCGGCGGGUCAUUAUGGAGAGAAUCGGCCUGGCGACUGCAGGUGAGCCGUACCACGACAUCCGCUUCAACCUGAUGGCUGUGGUUCCUGACCGCAGGGUGAAGUACGAGUCCAGGCUCGAGGUGCUCAAACGCAACCGACAGAUCGUUCUGGAAGGACUGCAGCAGGCGAUCAGAGCAUCGCAAGCAGACACAACACAGGAGCGCAAGCAGCAAGACUCCUCCUCCGAGGACACGCCCCCUGCUGUAAAAAAGGAGGAAGGGUCAGAUACACCAAUAGGUCCUGCUCCAGCUCCGCCCACAGACUCAGCAGACGUUGCGAGUGUUCCCGCAGUGUCCAGCUCCUCAGAGAAACCCAAAGCCACAGCGAAGCCCCCUACUCUGCCUCCAGGGGGCGCCACCACCGGCCCCAACCCCAUCGUCCAGCGCCUGCCCGCCUUCCUGGACAACCACAACUACGCAAAGUCCCCCAUGCUGGAGGAGGAGGACCUGGCUGCAGGAAUGGCUCGUGCUCGUGCCCCUGGCCCCCCUCAGGCCCCGUACUCUGAUGAUGAUGAUGACUAUGAGGAUGAAGAGGAGGAAAGGUUCCGCAAAAAGUCAGGCGUCCGUGGACGGGGCGUGGCCCGGAGCAGCGGCGGGGGCGGAGUCUCAGGCGUGGAGGGCCAGCUGGCUCUGAGCAUGCUUGCCGAGAGACUCAAAAAAGCCGAGAGAAAGGACACCAUGGCAACGACGCCGACGCCCGGCUCCUCCACCCUGAACGUGCGCACGGAGGGCCGAACUGGGGGCAUCAGCAUCACGCCCGCCUGCCAGCCCUCGCCCACGCCCAGCAACGAGAGCACGGACACGGCCUCCGAGAUCGGCAGCGCCUUCAACUCACCGCUGAGAUCUCCCGCGCGCUCGCAGGCUGCCACUCGACCCUCCAGCCCCGUGGCCUGCCACCUGAGCCGCGUGCUGUUCGGAGACGAUGACGUCCUGCUGAGACUGGACACUCGACACAACCGCGCCGUCCGAGAGCUCGGAGCCCUGAUCAGCUCCACGCAGCUACAGCUCAGAGAGGAUGGAACCAUCUACACACUGCCAAGUACAGACGCGGCGUGUGAUGUGGUGAAGAAGGCUGGCGGAGUGGACAGUAAGGAGCCGAGUGAGAGGACAGAGGGAGGAGGUGCGGGUGGAGAGGUGGAUGGAGGGAAAGGAGGAGCGUCUCGGGAGCUGAAACAGGAAAAGGAGAUCACGGAGAUGAGCAAGGACAAGCCGAACGCAGAGGCGCUGAACUUUGCCGAGCCCGAGGCGCUCACCAAACCGCUCGGGGAGAAAUACACUCCUAAAGAGUUGUUGGCUCUGCUGAAGUUUGUGGAGGCCGAUAUCGCGAACUACGAGGUGUAUCUGAAAGAGGAGGUGGAGAAACGGAAGAAAUACAAGAUUGAUGACCAGAGGAGGACCCAUAACUACGACGAGUUCAUCUGCACCUUCAUUUCCAUGCUGGCACAAGAAGGUAUGCUGGCGAGUUUGGUGGAGCAGAACAUUUCCGUGCGCAGGCGCCAGGGUGUGAGCAUCGGCCGCCUCCAUAAACAACGCAAACCGGACCGAAGAAGGCGAUCUCGGCCGUACAAAGCCAAGCGCCAGUGAACACGGCCGGACUCUCGAACACCGGCACUGGUGAAUUCUCUUAGAAAGGUGCUGAUAAACACUCUAACUUGUAAAGACAAGAACUAGUGAACAAAUCAAUACAACUAGGACCUCUGAACACAGCCUAGCUCAAACACAUUUAGGCUUAUGAUAACUUGCUCAGAAAAAAAACAAGAGCUAGUGAGAUUAUUACUGAAGACUAGCGCCAGUGAACAUAUACUGAUUUAGAAAGACUGGCACUAGUGAACACACUUGAAAUUUACAAUAACUAGUAAUGAUAAACAUGGCGAUGUGGAUAAAGAGAAGUGAUUUAUAAAGACUAGUGUGUGUGUGAACACACUCCGACUUCAUGGAUUAGAACUAGUAAACAAAAUCCGACUCAGAAAUGCUAGUGAACAUACUCGGACCUAUGAGCUCUAGCACAAAUCUAAUCCUGAUGAAGAUUAGUGCUAGUGAACCCCCCCCCCAGACAAACCAGGAGGUGGUGAACACACUUGUACAUAUACAGACUAGUGCUAGUGAACAUACUUGAAUUCAUAAAAAUUAGCGCUCAUGAAUACGCUGAUACUUAUGAAAACUAGUCCUAGACUUAGCAAACACACUUAUAAGACAUCACUGUGCACUUUGUGGCACAAAAACUAUUGCUAGUGAACGCGCCCCACAUUUACAAAAGCCAAGACGUGGUGAACACACACAUUUCAACUCUUAAAGGCUAGUGCUUGCGGACACACUCUGAUUUGUGAAGUGUACGCUCUCCAGAUUAUGAAAACAAAAAAAAUAAAAACUAGCACUAGUGAACACACCCUGACUUGUAACAAACAGCACCACUGAGCAGCUCAAAACGCUCCGGUGCUAGUGAACGCACCUCGGCACGCUCGGCAGAACGCGUGUAUCGCUGACUACAGAGCAAACGCAAAAAAAGACAAACGGUCAUCCUGGACGUUACGGACAAUCCGGAUGGUCUUCACUGUUUCUUAUUUAAUUGUUGGACCAAUCCGAGACGGUCGUGCCGGUCUCACCCGGAAUAAUCAGUGUUAUGGGGAAAAAAAUGUUUCGGAUUCUGACCAAAAUUCCAAAACUCCAUGUUGUGUCAUAAUCUUACUUUUCUUGUGCAAACGAAAGGUGUGUGUGUGUGUGUGUUGGUGUGAGAGAGAGAUUUCUUCUUCGUAAUGUUUGUCUAUCUGUACGUGUGUGUGUGUGUAUGUGUGUGUAUAUGUGUGUGUGAGUGAUUUCUAAUGUCAUUUCUAGAUGUCCUCCUAAAUAAAAUAAACGUUACAUUAUAAAACCGUGUCCCUGUUCACUGUG